ACAACUCGACCGACGUCCUUUGUGUCAUUUAUCUCAGCACCGCCUCUCUGCAGUAACGUGGAUGAAUAUUGCCUUAGUUUUGUCCAGAGGAGCCAUCGUUUUGAUAUUUCAACAAUCAUGUCUCCCACACCAAGCGUUAGUUUUGUGUCCAGGCAGCAGAUAACUUAGCUUUCACCGGCUAGAUAGCUAGUAGGCUUGCUUGCUAACGCCGGUAAGCCCAAACAGUUGCGUGUGUUUAUGGUUUAACAAAAUGGCACAUCAGGAGUUCAGCACGCUGGCGCACAAGAAGAGCCCGAAAGCGUCAAAAAGAACAACUUUCCAGGAUGAACUUGAAGCCACUGUUUCUGCCAGGGCAAGCAGAACAAAGGCUGGCCGACACACUAACUCGGGUGACUUCAAUGAGGAUGAUGAUGAUUUUUUUAAGGAACUCCUCAAAUCAAGAAAAAAGAAGACUGAUGCAUUUAAGACUGGGAGGACUAAAAUCAAAAUCAAUGACUUUGAGAUUUCAGAUGAUGAAGGCAAAAAUGACAGAAAAAAGAAAGUUUCAUUCCUGAAAACAAAAAGAGUCAGCUCCCCCUCACGAGAUGUGAUGGCAUCAGACUCACAUGGAAAUGAGCAACCUGACUCAUCCACCACACUCAGUUAUUACCAGCACUCCACAAGUGUCAAUGAAGAGGAUGAUAAAUCUGAACAAAGUGGUGAGGAUUCUACCCAUCCUGAAUCUGCAAGAAAAAGCCCAAGUGAAGAUCCUUCACAUCAAACAUCAGAAGGCAGUCAGCUGGACACAUCACAGUCUGUCAGCGGUGUGAUGGAAACCCCAGAUCCCUUUGUCUCUGAAAACGGUAGCGUUGCUGAGAGGGAGCCACCCAAACCCAAACCGAGGCUGAGAACCGCUGGGCUGAACUUUCACGUUAUGGAGGAGCAGGAUGAAGACGCUGGAUCUCAGGAUGUCAGCAGGCCCUCCAGUUCCUCUGUGUCGCUCCCCUUCUCACAUGAUACGACUGACAGGAUCACUGUUAGUCCACACAGGCCAGGAAGAGUGUCACCUUCACUAGCACGGAGAGGGCAUUCACUCUCAUUGACCAAGUCCACUGUUGACACUGGGUCAAGAGAUUUCCUUAAUUCAGAUGACAGUAAAGAGCAUGAAGGGAAGUACUCCACUUCAUUUGAAGAAUUUCAUGGAGACUCAGGAGAUCGCUCCACUCGUUCCACUGGCCAUAAAAAGUCAUUUGAUACCAGGACAUCAAGUUCUUCUGCUAAAAGCUCUCAGAGAUCCCAGAGUGCAUGCUCCUUGAAAGUGAAGUCAAAGUAUAUGGGAACUCUGAAAGUUCUGGAUCGCAAAGUGUCUCUGGAGGACUCUCAGCCACAAGGAUCAGAUUCACUGAGAGCUGCCAUUUACCAGGAAUGGCUUAAAAAGAAAAAGGAACAGUUGAGAGAGAAAAUGCAACAAAAGAAGCAAGAAGAAAUUCUGAGAGAAGAAAGGGAAAAGGAGAAGCAGACUAAAAAGGAAGAGGCGAUUGUGUCCUAUGAGGUUUGGAAAGAAAAGAAAGCAGAGGUCCUCAGAGCAAAGGCCAGAGAAAAGCAAGACAUGCUCAGGAAACAGCAAAGAGCAACUGAAGAGAAAGAAGAAAAAAGUGAAUCUGCUAAAAAGGUGUUUGAAAAAUGGAAACAAGAGCAUGAUGAACUACUCAAAGUUAAGAACAGAAAACAAAGAGAAGCUGAAAAUAAACUUAAGCUGGAAAAACAAGAAAUGGAGGAAGAAAGAAAGAGAAACAGCAAAUAUGCUUUUUUAAGUUGGGAUGAGAAAAAGAAGAAUGUUCUCGAUGAAAAAGCCAUGAUGGAACGCAAGAAAAAUGAAGACAAAGCAGAGGAGGAAAGAUACAGAAAAGAAGAGAGAGAUACAGAAGCUGUAGAGAUGUAUGAAAAGUGGCUGAUGAGGAAAGAGCUAGAACAGAGAAGACAGAGAGAAGAGAGACGGAUACAGGCUAUCCUCCAAAACAGUCCCCCUCCCCCUUGGAGCCCUCCCAACAAAACAGUACCGUUUCGAAGAUAACCCGUGAAAUGUAACAUAACAUGUAUGUUAUGCCUACGUGUGUUUUAAACAUACCUAAGAAUGACUUUUUGAAUUAAUUUUUCAGAAUUUUUACUACUUUUUUUAUUUAUUUUUUUUUUUACUAGCAGCCUAUGUUGAAUGUAAGGACUGAUAAUGUCAUUGCUUGUAAUUAUAUUUUUAUAGCUUUUGUAACAAAAUAUUACCAUGUUGUAUGUCAUAGUAAUAUAAUGUGUCUGAAUACAAACUGAUUUUCUACUGA